AUGAAUGAGUUCUCGUAUAUUGUCAGCUCGAAUCGUUCCAAAGAAGCCCCAAAUGGAAUGACCGUAGACAAUGCCAUUCACCAACUAGAAACACCGAAUUCAGUAUGCACGCUUAUUGACACGCCAGGAAAUUUGAAACAUAGACAAACAGCGACAGCAGCUCUUGGACAAGCUGAUGUAGCGAUAUUGGUCGUUGAUUCUACGGCUGCUGAUAUUGAAGAGUGCACCACGACCACGGUGCCAGAUGAUUCGAAAGUCAGAUUUGGAUAUGAGGAGAUAGCCCAGAUCGCACAUGAUCAAGGGAUACGGCAAAUGAUUGUUGUUCUUACCAAACUUGAUGAUCGAGGCGCACACCUUACGGAAAAGCAAUAUAGCAAUGUGGUCAAGAGUAUUGGUUUCUCUCUGGACAAGAUUGGCUUUCGACACUCGCCGUCAAGUACAAUAACUACAACAAUACCCUUUAUCCCACUAUCCGGACUGAAUGGCGACAAUCUCACACAUAGAUCGCCUGGAAUCCCAUGGUAUGAUGGUCCCUACCUUAUGCAAGCAUUGGAUGGAAUGGAAAUUCCAGUUCGAGAAUCAUUCAAGCAACUUUGGAUCCCAAUACUGAAUGUAUGUCAGGUGGAAAGGAUUGGAAUAGUUGCGAUUGGAACCAUUGAGACAGGGACGCUGGAGGUUGGUAUGCAAGUAAAGAUACUUCCCAAUGACGUUUUGGCAAAAGUCGAAUCCAUUGAAAUGCAUCACACAGCUCUUUCCACGGCACAAGCGGGUGAUCAUGUGGGAUUUAAUUUAGUAUUUAGUGUGGAUGACACCACUACGGAAGCAAUGGAUAUUCGACCAGGGUGCAUUGCAACCGAUGCUGAUGUGUCCUAUUCUACCCUUGUGGAUCAUGGCUAUCUGUAG